AUUAUCAAUUUAAUUAAUAACUCAAUAUAAGUAAAUCUCAUUAUUUUUUUAUUAUCAGCACUCUAAUGCGCUUUUGAAAUGUAUGAAGUAUCCUUUUAAACGUAUACACUACAUCUGACACGGUGUUUGGUGGAUCACCAUGGAUCCUUCUGGAUCGUAAAUUUGAUGAGAAAUUACAAAAAACAAUACAAUUUUGGAAGAUAAAUUUGAAGAGAAACUUCAGGAAAACAAUGAGAUUUUGGAAAAUAAACUCAAAAAUGUGGAAGAUAAAUUUUAUAGGAGGAUUAAAGAGCUGCAAAUUAAUGACAAUGGUGGGGCAAGAGCAACCUUGAAAGUGGAUACGUCUGCUAUCCACCUUCAGAAGGAUACCCCAGUCAAUAACUACAAUUGGCCUAUCGUUAUGCCAACUCAGCACAGUGGACUACCAUUUUUCGAUGGAAAAAUGCCAUGGGAGGAUUACCGCGCCUUGUUUGAUACAGCCGCAUGUAUACAUGGAUGGACACCGGUGGUGAAGGCUGCAAUGUUGAGACUGUCACUUCGUGGAGAUGCACUGGCAGUACUUCAUACGAUUCCAAUGACUGACAGACAAGACAUUAAUGAACUGUUGAGGCUCAUGGAGGCAAUUGAAGAACAGAGUUCAGAAGCCAAAUGAAUCACUCCAAGAAUUUGAAACCGACAUAGCUCGCCUUGUAAGGAAUGCUUACCCAUCUGUGGACGAUGAAGUUUAUGAGAGCUUGGCAGUUGAAAGAUUCCUGGAUGGUCUUCGUGAGGCAGAAACUCAAUGAGCUGUUGAACUUGCUCGUCCUCAGACCCUCAGUAAGGCACUCACUCAGGUUUUGGAAUAUGAAGCUGUGACACAAUAGGUGAGGGGCCAUGUACAUGUUUGUACAGUAUCAGCGGAAGAUAAUCAUGAUGAGUUCAUGGAGGAAAUAAUAAAGAGGAUCUUGGAGAAGCUAAGGACCAGGAGGAAGUUCCACAUCUAAAGCACCUGUGGUCUUGGAAACGUUCUACCCAAGGAAGACUCAGCUGGCAAGAAGUAGCUCCAUUCUCAUUACAUGUUAAGACCCUCUGGGCACAACGGGAUUCGAUUGUGGAAGAUGGAGGUAUCUUGAAGAGGUUGAUGUAAAAUGCUGCAGGUGAUCGGAAACGGCUACAAAUCAUUGCCCCGAGGAAGAGAAUUCCAAAAGUAUUGAAACAGCUACAUGGUGGUGUCUCUGGAGGGCAUUUUGGAGUGCAAAAGGCCCUGAAAAAGGCACGAGAGAGGUUCUACUGGCCAAAUUCAAAAGAGGAUGUCGAGAACUGGUGCCGAAAUUGUGCAGUAUGUGCAUCUGCCAAUGGCCCUAUGCCUAAGAAGAGAGCCCCUAUGCAGGAAUACGAUGUGGGAGCCCCAUUUGAACGGAUAGCCAUUGACAUUGCUGGGCCGUUUCCAAUAACUGAUGAUGGAAACAAAUACAUCCUGGUUGCAAUGGAUUUUUUCAGCAAGUGGGUAGAAGCCUAUGCCCUGCCAAAUCAGGAGGCAGUUACUGUAGCUGAUGUAUUAGUGAAGGAGUUCUUUAGUCGUUUUGGUAUAUUCCAUUGAAGUUACAUUCUCCAAAUCUGAAGUGUUUGCUCGAAUGUGUGAAGUAUUGGGCAUCAACAAGACCAGGACACCACCACUGCAUCCCCAAUCUGAUGGAAUGGUGGAGAGGAUGAACAGGACCAUGGUAAAAUAUAUGUCAAAGGUUGUAUCCAGGCAUCAACGAGACUGGGAUCAAUAUAUCCAUUUCUUCCUGAUGACAUACCGAAAUUCAAUCAAUGAGACUACGAGAAUGGCACCAACAAAGAUAGUUUUUGGGUGAGAUAUGUGACCUAAAGUAUGGAUGCAAGCCUGGAGAGGAACUGGAAUGGGAAGACUUCAUCACCAAGCUCCGGAAACAGAUGGAUGAAAUCCAUGAGACCGUCUGCACAAACAUCCAGGAUGCCAGUGACAUGAUGAAGCACCGCUAUGACUUCAAAGCCAGACCAUGGAGGAUACCAGACUGGUGAUAAGGUUUGGUUGUACAAUCUUAUGAAGUGGUCACAAGGAUCAACGAUGUGGUCUACAGGAUCAAGAAGCCACGAGGUACUCCACUCCAAUUGUCCACUUUAACCGACUGGCACCCUAUCAUGGAGACAAUACUGCAAGGGAAGCUCAAUAUAAGCGCAGGUUCUUCAACAAGCCAGCCCUGACUUUUAAGAGUUAAUGGCAAAUCUGGAGAUGUCAAAAGAAGAAGGGAAUGUCAAUGACAGUCGCCAGGACCUGUUCGCACUGCCAAAGAGCUAUGCAUUGGCCCAUUGCAUAGCUAGGAAUGUGGGAGCAUCACGAGGGACUGCUUCGGUCUUCAGGAGGAAGUUUGGAAGAUUUGAUGAGCUGAACCUCCAGCAUCCAACAGUGGGAAAAGCACUUCAUCUUCAGGAUCAGAACCAAAAUCGGUUCUAUUUAGUGACAAAGGACCAACCCCAGGAAGAAUCCACAUAUCAGACCUUGUGGCAAAGUCUAAUGCACCUACGGACUCAUCUCCAAUUCCUGGGAGUGGAGCAGCUUGGGAUCCCCAGACUCGGCUGUGGCUAUGAUGGAUUGGAAUGGAAGAUUGUGAGACCAAUGAUUGGAAGAAUCUUCAAGGACACUGGAAUUAGUGGCACCUGUUGUGUUUACAAUCCAUGGGCAGCCACACCAGCGGAUCCAUCGAAACCAGCUUGAUUGCUUGCCACACCUUCAGGAUGGAUCUUGAUUGUUCUGGGACAGAACAGUUUUAAGGAGAGGGCAGUGUUAUGGCCAUGAGUAUCGUAUGCAGGCCUAUAGAAGGAUUGAAGAGGCGAGGAGUUUCUGGUAAACAGGGGGGGGGGCUUCUGGAUCGUUCUAGUGUGUUACAGUUUUGGUGAGGGGAACCAUCGACCAAUGGUAAACGUGAUCUAGAAGUCUCUGGCAAGCUCCAUGCACUGUGAUUGGUCGGGCGUGUUCAACACCUCCAGAACCCUGUCGAAAGCUCUGUUGCGUAUAUAAAUGGCGCGAGUUGCAGUCGGGAGUCGAGUUGAGAAACGACAGUUAAGCAUUCGCUACCUCUUAAUCGUGACAGAGACGUGAUAAAAGUGAUAACAGACUUUUGUAGUUGCUUAUACAGUUUAUUAUUCUUGGUAACAGUUAUUCUUGAACAGCUAUUUAUAGUAGUUAAAGUAAGCUUGUGAUAAUUCUGUGUAAUUUAUUAAGUUGUUAUGAGUUUAUAGUUGUUUCUAGUUUACCAAAGUGUGUUAUAGUGUUGUAAGUAGUAAAUCUAAUCAGUAUAAAUCGCCUCAAGUGUUUUAUUAGUGCAGAAACCCGUAACAUUAUAAUAUCUACAAAGUAUGAAAUCAACAAUAAAAUUAUCUCGAUUUAUCAAAUCACAUUAUUUUAAUCAUUUCUCAACAUAAACACACUCAGUUUGUACUUGGACUAGGUGAAGCUUCCUUUUCAGCUUUUCCACUUCAA